AUGUCUGAACAAAGCUUUCCCAUCGACUACUUCGUUCGCACCGUGGUUUGCCUACUGGAUACCAUUCAAUACAAGGACACAAAUUACACCCACGAGCACCGUCUUCGAAACCUCGACGGCACCCGUGGUGGAGACUUCGAAGGCCGCUGGAUCGAGCAAUAUAACUUCCACGGCUAUCGCGGAUCAGAGGAUUAUCCCGGCUUCUUACGACGGCUGAACGGUCUCGGCCACGCAGUUGGCGCCUCACUCUGGCCCUCCGCAAAGUUCGACGAGCAGGAGCUGUUCCAAGAAAUCACGACAGCCAUUUCCAUGAUGGAGAACUGGGAGCCUUGGCUCAAUGAUGUUCUGUCAUUUUACAAGGAAUUUGAUGAUCAUCGCGACCAGACGAAGAUGAUCAACAAUUAUUGCCACGUCGAGGGGCAGAGUGUCACGAGGCCUUUGAGAAGCUUGCCCACAAUCUCCUCCAUGUCAGCGAGCAGGUUAUGUAUGCAGUUACUGGAAACAGUGUACACAGUCGACCCGCAAAUUCUGCUAGCAAUACAUGAGGACUUGGAUUUGGAUAAGUUUUCAAUCCUAUUGCCCAUCUUCACGCUCCAAAGAUGGAUCGAUCCUGGGUUUUUCCACUGA